GAGGAUAAUUCAAAAAGUGCGCUUUCUGGACAGUUCUUUGUGGUAGGUAAUGCAAUCAUGAACAGCUGAUGAAGUGUAAAAAAAGUUUUCAAAAUAAUGAAGCACAUUUGGAUUUUUUUGGUGGUGGUGUUUGCGGUUUACCAAUCAGACCAACUCCUAAGUAAGACAGAAAAACAAAGGUAUGAUGGAUGGUUCAAUAACUUAGCGCAUCCCGAAUGGGGGUCUGUAGAUAGUCACCUUAUACGAAGAACUCCCGCUGCAUAUUCAGAUGGUGUUUAUAUGCUAUCAGGCCAAGACCGCCCGAGUCCCCGCAAACUCAGCCGACUAUUCAUGAAAGGUCUUGAUGGUCUAGGGUCUAUGAAGAAUAGAACAGCGCUCUUAGCUUUCUUUGGACAGUUGGUUACCUCUGAAAUAGUCAUGGCUAGCGAAAGCGGAUGUCCGAUCGAGAUGCAUCAUAUUGAAAUCGAAAAAUGCGAUGAAAUGUACGAUCAGGAUUGCAGUGGGACCAAAUACAUUCCGUUUCAUAGAGCUAGUUACGAUAUGAAGACUGGACAGAGCCCAAAUAGUCCCAGAGAACAGCUAAAUCAAGUUACUAGCUGGAUAGACGGAAGUUUUAUUUACAGCACAAGUGAGCCUUGGGUGAACGCUAUGCGGUCUUUCGAAAAUGGUUCUUUUCUUACUGAUUCUACUGGAAAAAUGCCCGUACACAAUCACAUGAGAGUUCCUUUAUUUAAUUAUCCAGUGCCACAUAUGAUGAAGACAUUAAGUACUGAAAGGUUAUUUUUAUUAGGUGAUGCUCGUACCAAUCAGAAUCCAGCCCUGUUGACAAUAAGUGUACUAUUUUUUCGAUGGCACAAUGUUGUUGCCUGGAAAAUAAAGAAACACAAUCCAGAUUGGAGUGACGAAGACGUAUUUCAAAAAGCACGAAGAAUAGUCAUAGCAACUCUGCAAAACGUGAUUGUUUACGAAUACAUACCAGCUUUUUUAGAAGAAACGUUACCUCCAUAUAAAGGCUAUAAUCCUGACAUUCAUCCAGGCAUAACACAUGUAUUUCAAAGUGCAGCUUUCAGGUUUGGUCAUUCUCUUAUUCCCCCCGGACUAUAUCGGAGAGACUCCAAAUGCAAUUUCAAGAAAACUCCUAUGGGGGAUAUCGCUUUAAGAUUGUGUUCAACAUGGUGGGACUCAAAUGACGUGUUGACGAAUAACCUCAGUUGAAGAACUUUUAAUGGGUAUGACUUCUCAGCUUGCAGAGCGAGAAGAUUCUCUUCUUUGCUCAGAUGUACGAGAUAAAUUAUUUGGUCCCAUGGAAUUUUCUAGAAGAGACCUCGGAGCUAUUAACAUCAUGCGAGGUAGAGACAACGGAUUACCAGAUUAUAAUACAGUAAGGGCAGCUUAUGGGCUGCCUAAAUUUAAAAACUGGACCGAUAUCAACCCCGAAUUAUUUGACGAGAGACCUGAAAUACUGCGAAUGCUUAUAUCUGCUUAUGAUAACGACAUUAAUAAUAUCGAUGUAUAUGUUGGUGGUAUGCUAGAAAGUUACGGAAAACCCGGAAAAUUGUUCACGAAAGUAAUUUUGGAACAGUUCAUUCGGUUAAGAGAUUCCGAUAGAUUCUGGUUUGAGAACGAGGAAAAUGGGCUAUUUACUAAAAAGGAAAUAGAAGAACUUAGGAAGAUAACUUUAUACGAUAUAAUUAUUAACAGUACUAGUAUUCACGAAAACGCCAUACAAAAGAACGUUUUCUUUUGGAUGGAAGGUGAUCCCUGUCCUCAACCGAUGCAGCUCAACACGUCCCAGAUGGAGCCUUGUAAAGUGAUCACAGGUUAUGACUAUUUUGAAGUAAGUAUUAUCAAAUUAUGUAGAAUGUAGAUAUUUGCCAUAUUCCCCCCUUAUGUUCCCCAUCGUCUGUGCUGGCGCAGGAUACGGAGUGGUGAAACUUCAGAACAGAAAACGAAGACGUCUAAAGAUAAAACAAGAAGAGCUUCGAAAUGGCGAUGUGAAGUUACCGGUAGAUACGAUGAUAGUAACGGAAUGGGUUACAGCCCAACCACAAACGAGUGGUCAAAGUCAGAUUCGGACGGGAACCGGAUGCGGCAAUACACGUCUUCGGAAAGAAAGGGAGAGAAACUAAGAACAAUUAAUUUGAAGAAUGUAGAUAAUAUUGUUUUGGAGGAGUCGUUAAAUGUUACUUCGAAUAAAAAACCCGAUAUUUUAAUUCACGUACCGAGGGAUUAUGAACCUGGUUUUGGAGUUGGAGUCCGUAGCUUCGAAGAAAAAGUUUAUGAACAAACUGGAGCUUUUUCUUAAUUCCAAUAAGAAAACUCUGUUUUGGUAACCCCAGAUAGUAAGAGAAGUGCUACUAGCGAAGGCAGAAACACGUCAACGAAGGGAAAAGAAGCUGGAACAUUUCUUCCGCGAAGCUUACGCUUUAACCUUUGGCCUAAGACCUGGAGAAAGGCGGAGAAGAUCUGAUUCAAACAAGGACUGGAGAAGUGGUGACGGUGAUGAGAACUUCUUUGACCAAAAGUGAAUUUGCCAGUGCUCUUGGAAUGAAACCAGAUGCCGUAUUUGUUACCAAAAUGUUUAAUAUAGUUGAUAAAGAUAAAGAUGGCAGAAUAUCGUGUUCAGGGAGUUUUUAGAUACUGUGGUGCUCUUCUUCUCCAGAGGCGCCACAGAAGACAAGCUUCGUAUUAUUUUUGAUAUGUGUGAUAACGACAGGAAUGGAGUAAUAGAUAAAGAGGAGCUAUCAGAUAUGCUAAGGUCACUAGUAUAGAAGAGGCGGGAACGACAAGCUUGUCUGAUGACCACGUCACGGAACUUAUAGAUGGAAUGUUUCAAGAUGCCCGGGUUCAGAGGGUAAUAAAUAUAUCACCAUACCAUAUAGUGAUUUUAAAGUAUUAAUGCAAGAAUACAAGGGCGAUUUUAUAGCGAUAGGUCUUGAUUGCAAAGGAGCAAAGCAAAAUUUCUUAGAUACUUCAACAAAUGUAGCCAGAAUGACCAGCUUCCAUAUAGAGCCCAGCUUAGAAGAUAAGAAAAACUUUUUGAGGUUGAAGUGGGAUACUCUUGUUACUUUCUUGGAAGAAAAUAGACAGAAUAUAUUUUAUUUAUUUUUUAUUUUUUAUGUGAGGUAACAAUUUUGGUAUAUUGUUUGAAGAUGAUUAUAUCAUUAUUCCAUUAAUGACUGAACAUACAAGACUUUAAGACACAUAUAUGGGUGGGUUUGGGAUUUCAGUAUGCAAUUUACAAGAGGCUCUGGCGGCAUCCCAUUUCUUUCCUGUAAUUGAAUGCAGCUUAUCGUAACUAUUGUCCAGGAAUUUAAUAACAAAAUUAAAGGAGUUUGCCAUUCAGCAGGUAUACCCUACUAGAUGGCAAAAUAUACAGUUUCAAUAAGAUAAGCAGCCUUGUACUGCUUUGGUUCUAUUUCGAUAUUUGCAUUACAACUAGGGCAUAUUAUUAAUUUUUAUCACGUUUCCACACAACCAGUUGAAAAUUUGAAGUGUCUAACCAGUGAAGUACGAUUUCCCUCUGAUUACAAACCAGGAUUUACAUUUUGGCUGUUUCAAACCAUUACAGGUGUUACCGGGGUACUGUUAUUCAUCAUAAUGUGCAUAAUAAUAGUAUUCGCUCAUCCAACAAUAAGAAAAAAAGCAUACAAAUUCUUUUGGUUUACUCAUAGCUUGUACAUUGUAUUCUACAUAUUAUGUUUAAUUCACGGCUUAGCCAGACUUACUGGAGCACCAAGAUUUUGGCUAUUUUUCCUUGUUCCUGGUAUAAUAUUUACCCUUGAUAAGGUAAGAUGCAACUAAUUAUCUAUUAUUUCUUUUAAUACUACAAUUUUUUGUAGGUGAUCAAGAUUAAAUUCUACAGACCGCCCAAUUUAAAAUAUCUCUCAGGGCAAUGGGUGAGAUCUGGCAUGUACGGCAUUCAACUACGAAUUUCAUUCCUUUACACUAACAUCUGCACCUCAUGAAAACUUUUUAUCCUGUCAUAUUAAAGCUCAAGGUACCUUUGGACAUGGAAACUAAGAAACUAUUUCGAUCCUUGUAACUACAACCCCGAAGAUCAACCAAAGAUUUUACUCGAAGGCCCCCUUUGGAGGAGGGAAUCAAGACUGGUAUAAAUUUGAAGUGGCUGUUAUGGUCGGAGGUGGUAUUGGAGUUACCCCGUACGCUUCUAUUCUUAACGAUCUAGUUUUUGGAACGUCUACCAACAGAUACCCUGGCCGUAGCUUUGUAAACCAAGGUAUAUUUUCUUUGGAUAUGUCCUUCUCAUAAACACUUUGAAUGGUUCAUAGAUGUGUUAAGAGAUGUAGAAAAGAAAGACGUUACCAAUGUGCUCGAAAUUCAUAUUUUCAAGUACGCACAUUUUUCCUCCACAAGUUCGAUCUAAGAACAACAAUGUUGUACAUAUGUGAAAACCACUUCCAAAGACUUUCGAAAACAUCUAUUUUUACGGGAUUGAAAGCUGUUAAUCAUUUUGGGCGACCAGAUAUGACAUCUUUCUUAAAAUUCGUACAGAAACGUCAUAGUUAUGUAAGCAAAAUUGGCGUAUUCAGCUGUGGGCCCAGACCUUUAACCAAGAGUGUGAUGUCCGCUUGUGAUGAAGUAAACAUAGGAAGAAAAUUACCAUACUUUAUUCAUCAUUUUGAAAACUUCGGAUGAAUCAUUUAUUUUAAUUAAUUGCAUGUAAAUAUUGUGUAUGUGUAAUUGUUUUAUUUAUUCAAUAAAUUAUUUUUUAUU